AUGCCCCUAGGUUGCUCAUCUUCAACCAUUGGUCCUCAACGGGAAAUAGUAGCAGCCUUUAGAGAUGAUAGGGGAGACCAUGAACACGAAAUCUUGCCUGAUGAGAUUGGUAGUGAGCAAAUUUUGUUGGCAGACAUCAACUAUAGCAGUACUGACGAUGGGCGACAUUGGUGGUCUGACAUUCCAAGUGAUCUUCUUUCUGAUAUACUAUCUCGUUUAUUUGUAGCCGAUCGCUGCUUUUUUCGUCUUGCUUGCAAAACAUGGAAUUCAAUAUUCUCUAACGCUGUCUCUACAUCAUCAAAUUAUCAAUUUGGAAGGGAUCACUCAUUUCCAAUCCUCAUACAUAGAGGAUUAGAUGGGGAGGUAGUCGAUGUAUUCCACCCAAUAACAGGUGUUACCAGUAUCUUGUCUUUAGAUGGUUUGAGUCUGAGAGGCGCAGUCAUUCGCUGCUCCAAACACGGGUGGUUGCUAAUGUCACAAGGACGUCAGGGUGAUCAACUGUUCUUCUUCAAUCCUUUUACCAAAGAAAGGAUCAACAUUCCUAGCAUGCCAUGUGACUUUGAAGGGAUUACAUUCUCGUCCCCUCCAACAUCCGUUGACUCUAUGGUUAUUUGCUACACAGUUUGGCAGCAGCAAGUGGUGAUAUUCUUUAUUUACCGAGGGGAGCAUGAGUGGAGUCGAUAUGGAGUAAUGAGCGACGGUAUUGAUUUCAAGAGCCCUUUCAGUAAUCCAAUUUACCACAAAGGAUUACUAUAUUUUAUGGGAAAGAAUGCAGAUCUGUGCAUUCAUAACUUUGAACAAAGAGCCAACAAGAUCAUAGAGUUUCCUGCUAGAUCUUGUACUUCAAUAAGAAGAAGCUAUCUGUUAGAGUUCAAUGGGAAGCUUUUGUCAGUGUUGAUAGGCCACAUGGGGAAAUUUCUGCAAGUAUAUGCACUCAAUCAAGAAACCAUUGCUUGGAAAAAACUGGAUGAUCUCGAAUACAAGAUGUUGUUUGUGAGCGCUACUUCUGCAUUAUCAGCAACAAAUAGCAGAGAUAGGAUUUCCGGCUUGGGAAACAAGCUGUUUUUGGACAGGUUUAAGGAGAAGGAUGGUGUGUUCUAUUCUCUGGCAACAAAAAGGUUUCAUAAUUUUUGGAGCGGAUACAACAAUGAUGAUUGGUGCAACACCAAAGAAUAUUUAAAUUGUACAUAG